CAGCCGUGUCAGUCUGCUGUGAACACCACAACGCUCGCGUCCCUCUCUCUCCUCAGAUCAGAGCCAUGCAGUGCAGAGUCUCAUCUGUUGCCCUGCUCCUUGAGUUCUGGGUGCUCUCUGCCUGUGCACUACAUCAGUAUCAUUGGGUCAAUAUUCAUAUGAGUUGGACUGCUGCCCAGAGUUACUGUAGAGAGCACUUUGUUGACCUGGCGACCGUAGACAGUAUGGAGGACAUGCAGGGCCUGAUGGACCAGAUGAACAACCAGACAAUUAAAAACAAUUGGGUUUGGACAGGACUGACUAGAAACAGGGAUGUCAGCAGCUGGAAGUGGUCUCUUUCAGGCAGUCAGUUCUACAGAGAAGGAGAGACGGAGUACAGGAACUGGGCCCAGCCAGAGCCAAUCACAGGCCAGCCCUGCGCUGCACUGGUCAGCAAUGAAACAGGAGUAUGGAGAGACUAUGCAUGUACAAAUACUUACUCUUUUGUCUGUUCUCAUAGUGGUAAUGAUCCUGGUAAACCAAAGUACAUCCUGGUUCUAGAACCAAGAACUUGGAGAGACGCUCAGCUCUACUGCAGACAGAAUUACACAGACCUGGCCAGCAUCAGGAACCAGGCUGAAAACAUCAAGAUACAGAAACUUAUUCUGGGAGAGAAUUCAUCUGCCAUCGUCUGGAUCGGUCUGUUCAAAGACGACUGGAAGUGGUCAGACGGGUCUAACUCCUCCUUCAGAUACUGGGGGAGUGCCCAACCUCGUGAUGAAAUUAACUAUACCUGUGUCGACAUAGAACCACAUCAGUCACGGCAGUGGUUCACUUACUAUUGUUCUGCAUCUGAACAUUUAAUUUGCCACAAUGGGAGCACCACUAAGACUCUUACUAAGGUGAAGCUGGUGGGGAGAGUGGAACUGGUUCCUAAUUCACCUUCAGACUUAGAGGAUCCUGCCAUGUUGGACUCCAUCUUGCAGCAAAUAAAGGGAGCUGGGAGGAUCCCAGAGCACAGCACGCUGAGAUGGAAGAAGCAGAAGGAUGGGAAGGUUUUCCACAAGAAGGAGGAGGAGGAGAGAGGAAGAGGAGACACGUGUCAUUAACAAGUCACAGCUACUAAAUGUUGUUAACUGUCUCUUGUAUCUCUGACAGUACUGAUGAUGUCAAUGACAUUUCUGUAACUAGCAGAUGAUGUCCUUAUCACAGCAUUGUUUAUUUGUUCUUAUUAAUCAGGUGGUGGGGUAACAUGAAAUGAAGUAAAGCCUACUGAUCUUGUGGCCUUGUCUCAUCAUGUAUAUAUAACAGAUACAGCUACACGGGUCCAUGCGUACUAAUCAAUCAUAAUAGAUGGGCUUUAUCUGUGAGUAAAAUGUCUAAGAUUGUGCUACAAAAAGGUUUGAGUAUUUUAUCAUUUAAAUUGUAAUUGCUUAUUAAUAAGUACUUUACAACUUAGAGCUUUUUAUCUUUCAUGUGUAAUUAUAUACCCUUUGUUAUUCGACAGUCAGAAAACGUGGGCUAUCUAAUACUGUUUUUUCUUAGCAAACAACAAGCUUAACAUCAAAGUCUGUAAAUAAAGUUAAUCCUGUGGUAUGUUAA